AUGGCCACCCCAACCAAAGUCACGAUCAUUGGGGCAACCGGGUUGAUCGGUCAAAUUAUCCUCAAGGCAUUGAGCUUCAAUGCGAGAAUCGCCGUUAGCGUCCUAUCCCGCCAAGAAUCAUCCGGCACGACUGAGUUUCCACCCGGCGUUACUGUCCAUAAAACCGACUUUUCGCCCUCCAGUCUCCAGUCACUCCUUCGUGGGCAAGAUGUGCUCAUCUCCGCAGUUGGUGGGACUGCCUUCACUGAACAAAAGAAGUUCGUUGAUGCUGCGAUCGAGGCAGGCGUGAAACGGUUUAUUCCCUCCGAGUUCUCGACCAGCAGCGAAGAUGAUGCCGUGAUCCAGCUACUCCCUCUAUUUCAACAGAAGAGAGAUAUUAUUGACUAUCUGAAAGAGAAAGAGAAAGGGGGGUUGAGCUGGACUGGAAUUGCUACUUCUGGGUUGUUCGACUGGGGACUUGCAUCUGGUUUCCUCGGCUUUGACAUCAAGACGAAGUCUGCAGUGAUCUGGGACGGUGGUGUCACAUCAUUCACCAUGACGAAUGAGGAACAGCUUGGAAAGGCUGUCUUAUCUGUCGUCUUACGGUCGGAGGAAACCAAAAACCGCUUUCUAUAUAUUGCGUCUGUUGAGACUACUCAGAACGAAGUCUUAAAGACAUUCGAAGAGGUCACCGGAUCACGGUGGGCAGUCACACAGACUACGACCCAGGAGCAGGUUGCUGAAGGACUCAAGAAGCUGAAUGCCGGUGAUUUUAGUGGCGCGCUCGCACUAGUCCGGGCGACUGCGUUUGGAAGUACUCCAAGCCUUAAGACCAACUACGUCAGGGAACAAAAGCUCGCCAUUGGAUUGCUGGGGCUGGAUAUGGAUGGUGUAAGGGAGACUAUUGAGCGAGUGGUUGGAGUAUAG